AUGGAGUUACUAAAAAGGGGUCACCUUCGAGACUUCCUAACAGAUAAUGGUAAGAACAUCGUGGCAAACAAGGAGCACCAAAUAACACCUCCACCAAAAGCACCACCCACUGAUAGGAUGUGCAGUGUAAUCUCAGGCACAUCAGAAGUAAGCGGUGUAACCUACUCCGCGGCAAAGUGCCAUGCAAAAUCCAUAGCCAAUCAAGUAUACCACUUGACACAACAAUCCUUGCAAAAACCAACAAAUCUCACCAUAGAGUUCGUUGAAGACGAAGCAACAUCUCUCCAUAAUCCCCACCAUAAUGCUCUCAUUAUCACCUUCCAAAUAGCCAACAUUAUCGUCAAAAGAAUCCUUGUGGAUCCCAGCUCCUCAGCCAACAUUUUGUUCCUGGAGGCAUUCAAAGUCAUAGGCUCGGACAAGUCCAGCAUCAACUACCGCCCUACACUCCUCAGGUUCAGUUUAGAGCAAAAGUACACCUUUGGAGGGAUAGCUCUGCUGGUCUAUGCCGAGGGAAUCAACCUUCAAACCACCUUCAUAAUAGUGGACGCCCCAUCUCCAUAUAACAUCAUAAUGGGCAGGCCAUGCGUCCACGAUAUGACGGGACUCAGCCCCAAUGCUAUUGUACACCAAUUGAAUGUCGACUUGGACCACCCCUCUGUGAAACAGAAGAGAAGGAAGUUUGCUCCUAAAAGAAACAAGGUGAUCAACAAAGAAGUAGACAAGUUGUUGAGCAACGACUCAGUUUGA